AUGAGAAUGGAAGAUCCUAACCUCGCUGAGCAGUACGUGCAGGAAUUUGUGCUUGAUCAUCUUGAGGAUGGUUCUGCUACUGUUUCAACUAUAGGAGUGAAACGUGAAGACCACAGUCCGGCGGCGGGGGCGAAAAUCGCUUGGACAACGACCUCGAUUACUCCAGAUGAACAGGAACCCGCUGACCAUCCUGCCAUCAAGAUGCGCGCCUUUCAUCAGAGUUGGCACAUGGAUGAGCGUCGUCUACAGCCUUUGUCACCACCACCGGAAAUCUGUACACAUGGUCCUAUGGCUGGACAGGCAAUUCUUGUGAAUACAUCCGUGCCCGGGGGAGUUCCCUCCACUCCACCCGAAACCCCGCCAGUCGUUAGUUCACCUACCGGAAGCACAUGUGGCCAUACCUAUGCCACGAUUACAAGUGUUCCGUACCCAACCCAUCGCCCACCCACUGCUAGCACUGGUCUUACCCAAGAAAUGAUGUGGCUACCAAACUCCAUGCGCUCGGAUCCACAACCGCUUGACCUGCGACCUCUCGCUUGUCCCACGCAGGAAGAGGAGUGGGAACGUCAACGCGAAUAUAUGCAUGCCUCUGCUGCUGUAGUUGCCGCCAAUCAUCAUCACGGACAUUCGGUGGCGCAAUCACAACUUCAUGCUCAUCACCAUCAUUUUCAAACGCUCGAACACUUAGCACCCAUAAAUAUGCACACAUCCUACCAUAGCAGCAUGACCAGCGGCACAGCAGGCUUUGGAAGUAGUGGUAAUGGCAGUCAAGCGCCACCAAGCGCACCAGUGGUUCAUAUCAAUAGGCCAAUGUCUGUGAGCUCUACACGGUCAUCCACUAAUUCGCCGCGCACAUGUUCACGGCAAUAUAGCACGUCUAGUAAUUUAGGUCUUGAAGACUGUAUUAACGAUGAGCUUCUAACCACACUCACCGUACGGGAACUGAACAAACGGCUACAUGGGUGUCCCCGCGAAGAAGUUGUGCGGCUGAAGGCAAAGAGACGCACGCUUAAAAACCGUGGUUACGCCCAGAACUGCCGCUCAAAACGUUUGCAACAACGACAUGAGCUGGAGAAAACUAACCGGCAGUUGAAUCAGGAUCUGCAUCGUCUAAAAUUAGAGUUUUCACGUGUAUGCCAAGAGCGCGAUCAGCUGAAACAACGUUUGCAAAUACGAUCAGGCGGUAGUGGGAGCAGUGUAAUUGCCGCGAUAUCUAAUGCCACCGCGGAAUGCGGUAACUCUGGAGUGAUCACCGUAGGGCAAUCGCAUUUGAACACUGAUAGCCAAAAUUCGCCAGAGUUCUACCUUUGACGUCAACCAACUAUCGGAGGACAACAGGCUGCAGCGGCAUCCACACAUCAUCCGCCACAUCUGCACGUGCAUCAGUGGCCGGCGCGCUAUCAUCAACAUAUGCACCAGCAGCCAGCAACGCCGGUGACAAUCUAAGUGCGAUGUCAAAAAAAAGACUUAAUUAAAUAUAAGCCUUCAAUGGUGAACAACAAAUAUUAGAACUGUACUGUGAAAAAAAACGACAAAAAAUUUAAAUUAUUGGUGUAUAAAAGUAGAGACUAAAAUUAUGUAUUUUUGACACAAUCUCUCAGCGCUUCGACGGCACCUAAUAACAAUAAGCAUAUCCCAGAAAGAUUAUA